UUUUCUUGAACCCACGUCUCUCUGGAAUACAUCCCAGAAUCUGCUGAGGAUUUAUUUGCCUUACGCUUCCUGUGUGAUGGAUCAUAGCUCCUGAUCUGCCCUUUGGAUCAGCACUCUCUUUUUUUUUCCUGCUGAUCACCCUGUCAUCCUGGUCUCUGCAGCAGUGUCUUGCCACCAGUAUCAAGUGUGUUUAGAGUAUAGGGCUGUGGCUGCUGUUGGCGGCGAAUGUUUUCUCUUUUCAGAGCUGUGAUACACGCAGCACAGUGACUUGGCUAACGUUUUCUUGUGUUCAUGUGGGCCUCGUUUGUUCUCUCAGUCCGGAACAGGAAGGCCCCGGGGAGGUUGGGGUGUGUGUGUGUGUGUGUGUGUGACUGACUGUUGGCAGGCUGAAACAAGAUACCCAUAUGCAUUUUAUUUAUUUUUUUUAAAUAACUCGAUCCAUGUCAUUUCUCAGACAACACAGGCUAUGAUGCAUAGAUUGUGAUUGCCAAAAAGGAAGAACGUAUCAGCCUUGAUUGCAUUUCUGGUUGUGAUCUACGUUGUGGAUUUGGUUGUUUUUUGUUAUUUAGUUGGUCAAAAAGAAGAUCUUUUGAGCACUGUGAAACCACUCUGCAUUGACUUUGGGUUGUUCGCUGAUGCGAUCACAUCCAAUCUCUUUGGUCACAUCUGAGUCAUUAAACCUUUCAGUAAAUGUAUUAUAGCCUCUCUCUGCCUAUCAGCAUACUGACAUUUAAUCAACGUGGUGUGGGAUGUCUCUUUAAGGGUGGAGGAGGGGACCAGAAGAGCAUUCCUUAACUUCCAGAACGGAAGAAAAGACUUAGCCCACAAAUGUGGUUGACCUUUUGAGUCGUAGCCUGUAAAGCCGUCAUCCUAGCUGGAAACCAGAGCUGCAGCUGAAGCUAUGGACUGGUCAAGUGUGUGACCUGUCAUGGGUCCUUGCGAAGGUUUUCUCCCAGGGGCUGGAGAAUAAAGGCGACAUCCUUGGAACCAGACCCUUCUGUGGCUCUAACAAAGGAAGAGCCAAACACUCAAAAGACUUUCAUUUAUCGCCAGAGCCCCUUUUAUUCUCUUUUUUUUUUUUUCCCCCCCUCAGAGGAAAUGAGAUGAGAGCAGUACCAGAGGUCUGGGCAAUCAGGUUUUUCCUGUGCUCGAUAUGUGUUUGAAGAUACUGUAUUUUCAGUGUUUGGAUUGAUUUUAAUCUAAAGAUGAAUUAAUCUGUAACAUGAAAAGGGACCCGUUGAAUAUAUAUUUUUAGAAUAGGCUUUCGUUUUGAAUCUUGUUUUUAACUCAAGAAUUACCAACAUGAAUUUGUCUUUACAAUAUGUCACCAAAUCUCGAGAUUGGGUGACAAUUGAUGUGUGAUCUCUGCCAGCAGAGCCAGUUAAAAUGUGAGGAGGUGAAGAAUAAAGCCAGAAAUCUUCAGAGAGACCCUGUUUGAGCCUUGUUAGACUGAUCCUUUGCUUUUGGUCUCCAAGAAUGGGCCCAAAUCCUGCGGGGGGGAAACCUGUUGUUACUGAAGGGGCUUGAGAGGCUGCAGAAACCUAUUCUGUCAAACGCCAUGAGACACGAUUCCUCCAGUAAUAUGGAGUACUAUUGAGGUGUAUGACCGAGUCACAGCACAGCAGACAUCAGAUGCUGAUCAGACGUCGAACUGCAGCCACGAUCUCUGCUGACGGACAGAGCGGCCGGGGUAAUGUCGGCUAAAUAGCCCUUUGUGUUGCUGUGAAUAUCAACUUGUGCUUAGUGAAGAGGAGCGUUGCCAUGGUGAUUUUUUUUUACCAUUCUCAGUCUUGAAAAAUAAAGCCAAUGCUGGGACUUGUUUGUCACUGAUGGUGGCUGAUGGAUUUGAACUUGGUACCUCAAUGUUAGAGAUGUGUUGAAAUCAAGUGAAAAACCAUAACAAUGGAAACCUGCAGAGCAGAGUCCCUAUUGACAGAUCCUCUGGGACCCGGUUGCCUUAGUCUGGCUGAGGAGGAGGUAAAGACAGAGUCUGCUGUGGUAGAGGGGAUGGAUGCAUCUGCACGAUCCAAAGUCCCUGAUCCAGCAGGGUCAGCAGAACGACCAGGUGCACCACAAAAGAGACGGGUUUCGAGCCCCACGCAUUCCUCCAAUGGACACUCUCCCUCGGACACCUCCCCCAGCCCUCUCAAGAAAAAGAAGAAGCCUGGGGCCAUCAACAGCCACAACAAGGACCAGUCAGAGCUAAGACAUGGUCCCUUUUACUAUAUGAAGCAGCCAGCACUCACCACAGACCCUGUUGAUGUUGUACCGCAGGACGGCAGGAACGACUUCUACUGCUGGCUGUGCCACCGAGAGGGCCAGGUGCUCUGCUGUGAGCUCUGCCCCAGGGUGUACCACGCCAAGUGCCUCAAACUACCAGCUGAGCCCGAGGGCGACUGGUUCUGUCCAGAGUGUGAGAAAAUAACAGUUGCAGAAUGCAUUGAAACCCAGAGCAAGGCCAUGACGAUGCUGACAAUAGAUCAACUGUCCUACUUGCUCAAAUUCGCACUCCAAAAGAUUAAACAGCCUGGGACUGAGCCUUUUCAGAAGCCGGUGUCUCUUGAACAGCAUCCAGAUUACGCAGAGUAUAUUUUCCACGCCAUGGACCUGUCUACCUUAGAGAAGAAUAUCAAGAAGAAGAUGUAUGGAUGCACAGAAGCCUUUCUUGCUGACAUGAAAUGGAUCUUGCACAACUGCAUCAUCUAUAAUGGAGGUAAUCACAAAUUAACAGCCACUGCGAAAGUCAUCGUAAAGAUUUGUGAACAUGAGAUGAAUGAGAUUGAAGUGUGUCCGGAGUGCUACCUGUCUUCAUGCCAAAAAAGGGACAACUGGUUUUGUGAGCCAUGUAGUCCACCCCACCCCCUGGUCUGGGCUAAGCUGAAGGGCUUUCCUUUCUGGCCGGCUAAAGCACUACGAGAAAAGGAUGGGCAGGUAGACGCACGCUUCUUCGGGCAACACGACCGGGCCUGGGUCCCCAUCAACAACUGCUACCUCAUGUCCAAAGAGAUCCCUUUCUCUGUGAAGAAGACUAAGAGCAUUUUCAACAGUGCCAUGCAAGAGAUGGAAGUCUAUGUGGAAAACAUUCGCAAGAAAUUUGGGGUCUUCAACUAUGCCCCCUUCCGCACCCCCUUCACACCCAACAACCAACUGCAGAUGCUGCUGGACCCCUCCAACCCCAGUGCUGGGACGGUAAAGACAGAGAAACCAGAUAAACUUCGCUUCAACUUCGAUAUAACUGCUUCUCCGAAAAUGAUCCUUGGCAAGAGUUCGACUCCCAGCGGCAUGAGCCGGAGGGUCUCGAUGACAGACAUGCCGCGGUCUCCCAUGAGCACCAACUCCUCGGUUCACACGGGGUCGGACGGCGAGCAAGAUAUGGAAAAGGCCAGCAGGAACCCCGCUUUCCACUACAGCACCGGAGAGGAAUCGAUGGACUGUACUGCAUCUCCGGUCUCAGGGAAGAUGGGUGCUGCAGGCAGUGUGGCAGGAAGCCCGAAGCCCUUUAACCCCGGACUGGCGUCAAAGCAGGAAAGGACUGCAGGCACAGGCGGCAUUCUGAAUCUCAACCUGGAUCGGGUGAAGGCUGAGAUGGAUCUGAAGGAACUGAGUGAGACAGUGCAACAACAACAAAGUCAGCAACAACAGGGAUCUUCGGCUUCCCUCCCAACCCCAAAGAGACCCAUCAGAAGCCUGGACAAAACUAUUGAGAGCUGCAAAGCACAGCUCGGGAUAGAUGAGAUUUCUGAAGAUGUGUACAAAGGUGUGGAUCACAGUGACUCGGAGGACUCUGACAAAUCGGAUUCAAGUGACAGCGAGUAUCUGAGCGACGAGGACCUCAAGCCAAAGAGCUCCGCACUGGACGACAAAGACAGAGCAGAGAGAAAAAGGCCCAGAGUGAGCGCGGAGGGUGAGAAUAAGGAGGGGAUUACCAGAACAACAGAUAAAGCCACCCCUGAACCCCUCCUCAAAGACAAGCAGGCUAGCAAUGGCCCGGGUAGGGACCUACAGGAGAAGCCCAGAACCCCCCAGGCUCAGACCAUCGCUGACAAGCCCAAAGCCCCCGAGGAGGGAAAAGCUGCUGCUGCGUCAGCCGCUGAGCAAGACUCUGAUUCCGAAAGAGAGCUGGUGAUCGACCUGGGCGACGACCAUGGAGGACGUGACGCAAAGAGGGCGAGGCGAGAGGCGGGGGCCUCCGCCGCCAAAGCUUCCAAAGAGUUGAAUGCUGUCAAGUCGGAAGGUAAACUGCCCUCAUCUGCUGCAGCAGCCGCACCAUCACGGGAGGUAGCCUCUAACCUGAAAGACUCUUUACAACCUGCCAUCACAGCAGCCCUCAACCUGGUGUCCACUGCAGCUUCUGGUCAGUCCACUGUCGCCACAGCUGGCAGUGGGCCCUCCAGUUCCCCCUCUCCUGCGGCCCCCUCCCUCACCACAACGUCCCCAGCGGCUGCAGCUGUGAAGAAACAGCGCCCUCUACUGCCUAAAGAGACCGCUCAGGCCGUGCAGAGGGCCGUGGUUUGGAAUCCAACCAAAUUUCAGACGUCCUCUCAGAAGUGGCACAUGCAGAAGGUGCAGAGGCAGCAGCAGAAUGGGGAGCAGUCUCCAGUGCAAACACAGGCCCAGGGUCAGACGCAGACGCACAGCCCACAGCAGCAGCAGUCACAGCAGCAGAACUCCUCGUCAAGUACCCGCUAUCAGACCAGACAAGCAGCCAAAGUGCAACAAAAGGACCCACCUCAGAGUACAUCCACAUCGACGGCUGCCCAUGUCACGUCUAGUAGCUCCUCUUCUUACACGUCAGGCGACUUGCCGAUCCCCACGGGCUCAGCAGACGUGGCUGCAGAUAUAGCCAAGUACACAAACAAAAUCAUGGACUCAAUAAAAGGGACAAUGACUGAAAUCUACAACGACCUUUCCAAAAGCACAUCAGGAAACACAAUCGCAGAGAUAAGACGUUUAAGGAUAGAGAUUGAAAAGCUCCAGUGGCUGCAUCAGCAAGAACUGUCAGAGAUGAAGCACAAUCUCGAACUGACGAUGGCAGAGAUGAGACAAAGUCUGGAGCAGGAACGGGAGCGGCUGGUGGCCGAGGUGAAAAAGCAGACGGAGUCAGAAAAGCAGCAAGCGGUGGACGAGACCAAAAAGAAACAGUGGUGUGCUAACUGCAGAAAGGAGGCCAUCUUCUACUGCUGCUGGAAUACAAGUUACUGUGACUACCCCUGCCAGCAGGCCCACUGGCCAGAGCACAUGAAGUCCUGCACACAGUCAGCCUCGGCUUCACAGCAGGAGCCAGAAGCAGAACCUAAUUCGGAGCCUCCAGUCAAAUCAUCGGGACAUUCUCCUUCGACCCAGACCCUGCCCUCAGGAGCAGGAUCCAUAUCAGACAAAAACAGCUCUCCCACGUAUAAGGACAAGGGCAAGGACAGUGCUGGUGUAACUGUUACCUAAUGUUCUACACUACAGAUACUUCGCACACUUUUCAAGGCCACUGUUGUGUUGGUCGUGUCAAAGUUAAAGCUUGAAGGCCCGCAGCUCUGUGACAAAUCAUUUUCACUCCCAUAGUUCGGUUCAUCUCUCAUCCACAGUAUCUGCUUGGCUGUUAUCGGGUGGAUAUUCACAAUGUGAAAGUAGUCUGUCUAAAGAUAUACAAUGUGAGUCUGAAUGUUUUCAUACUGUAGUUUUGUUAUGGCUUCGUUACCCCUUUGAUUCAAGGCUGUACAAGAUUGUAUCUUGUUACAGAAUGUUUGCCACAUUAACACUUUGAGCGCUGCUUUUAAGUAACUUUAUAGCAGAUGACUUCAAAUUUAAAACAUUAGAAACAGCCAUCAACAGUGGUUGCUCAUUUAUUACGGUGCCAUCAGACGUGUUUGGAGUUAUGCAAGAUUCGGUUUUAAAACAUGUUCACUGUCUAACAUCAUGUUUCAACUAUUUCCUGUUCAUGUUAGCGGUGGCAAUUUUGGCGGAUACUCUUUUUGUUGUAUUGUAGUUCCUCAUCAUAUAGACCAGGACAAACAAAACCCUGUGAUUUAUCAAAAAAAUAACUGAAAAAUGUAUACUGUAAAAAGUUUUUGUAAGAAAAUACCUGAACAAUAUUUAUAGUGCUAUAUAUAGUGUUUUUAUAGUAUGUUUAAUGAAAUCACAAUUUCUAUGUGUCUAAACAAAGUUAUUUGAGAAUAAAUCACUUCACAUGAAUGUCAGCUCAGACCAACUCUGUUGAACUGUGUAUCCAAAGCUGAUGAUCAGACUUUAAGAACUUGGUAGGCAUAAACAAUAACUGCAUUUUGGCUGGAUGUUCUUUCCUGUGAGCAUGUCUGUUAUGAGCUUGUGUCUCGUUCGUGUUUACAUAUUGUACAUACAAUAAAUGGAGUCGUGAAGAAAAAAUAAAAAUGCUCUGAUCAACCAAG